GGCGGCAUGAGCGCGGCGGGGCUGCUGGCUCCGGCCCCGGCCCCGGCCGGAGCGCCGCCGGCUCCCGAGUAUUUCCCUGAGGAGGACGAGGAGCUGGAGAGCGCCGAGGACGACGAGCGCAGCUGCCGGGGCCGCGAGUCGGACGAAGACACGGAGGAUGCCAGCGAAACCGACCUGGCCAAGCAUGACGAGGAAGACUACGUGGAGAUGAAGGAACAGAUGUAUCAGGACAAACUGGCUUCUCUGAAGAGGCAGUUGCAGCAGCUGCAGGAAGGUACACUACAGGAAUAUCAAAAGAGAAUGAAGAAACUGGAUCAGCAGUACAAAGAAAGGAUCCGGAAUGCAGAACUUUUCCUCCAGCUCGAAACUGAACAAGUAGAGAGAAAUUACAUUAAAGAAAAGAAGGCAGCAGUGAAAGAAUUUGAAGACAAGAAGGUUGAGCUGAAGGAGAACCUGAUUGCUGAGCUUGAAGAAAAGAAGAAAAUGAUUGAAAAUGAAAAGCUGACAAUGGAAUUGACCGGAGAUUCCAUGGAGGUGAAGCCCAUCAUGACCAGGAAGCUGCGGAGACGGCCCAACGAUCCUGUCCCCGUCCCGGACAAGCGCAGAAAGCCUGCUCCUGCUCAGCUAAACUAUUUGUUAACAGAUGAACAGAUAAUGGAGGAUCUGAGGACGUUAAAUAAGCUUAAGUCACCCAAGAGACCAGCGUCCCCGUCCUCUCCUGAACACUUGCCUGCUACGCCCUCAGAGUCUCCUGCCCAGCGAUUUGAGGCACGGAUAGAAGAUGGCAAACUGUACUAUGACAAAAGAUGGUACCACAAGAGCCAAGCCAUCUACCUAGAGUCAAAGGACAACCAGAAACUGAGCUGUGUGAUCAGCUCGGUCGGAGCCAACGAGAUCUGGGUGAGGAAGACGAGUGACAGCACCAAGAUGAGGAUCUACCUGGGCCAGCUGCAGCGUGGGCUUUUUGUGAUCCGCCGGCGCUCGGCAGCCUGACUUUGUACAGUGUUUCUCUCCCCUUGACCUUCGGUGGUUUUUAUUUUUGUUUUGUUUUCUUCUUAAUAGAAACUUUUCUACCUUGCUGGGAACAGUGACUUGGCCUUGGCAGUAGGAGCACUGUUGUGAUUCUGCAGGGCACAUUUAUGGCUGGCCACUUCCGGCUGGGGUCAUUCCUGCCAUGGGCACUGUAGGACUCGGAGUGACAGGAGUGUUGGGGCUCAAUUUGCUUUCACUGCUUUGAUUUUUUUGCUCACACCUUGUCUUUGAAAAAAAGUGCGUUGAGCUCCUUUUUGUUAAAUUGUCUUUGAAUCUUUCUAUUAUGAAGAAGCACAGGAAGGAAUACAAUCUGUGAUGCAUUUUCAUGUUUUGAAUCUGAACAGUGAAUUGCGUGGCUACUUCCGUUGCAGAGCCGGAUUUAGGACAGAGGUGCUAGCAGAAGAAUCUUCUCGCUUGUGCAGCACCUGGUUCGCUCCGUCCAUCCCCCUGGCUGAACGACAGGGCAGUUUGCCUGGACCACUCUAUGCAGUGAAGUUAGUGGAGUUGCGGGCAGGGGCCAUCUCAAAUUCAGAAUGUCCUAAAGCGACCAUAGUUUUAAAAUGUUAUUCAAGGCUGGUUUCUUCAAACACUAGCUGGAAUAGGAAGUCAUUUUGUAUUUUCUUUUAAUUCUCUUCUCAGUCCUUUUCCCAGAAAGAUGGAAGUAGUGCAUGCAACAGGCCGAUUGUCUAGGUUCCGUCCCGCCAGUGGGGAGUCAAGGUUGAUAAUCCAGGCUUCAGUGAUCUGCAUAUUCAUCUGUAGUUCAGGUUUCAGUCUUAUUGCAAAUCCUGUUACAGCACAUUGGCCGUUCUACACCUGUGGGACUUUGUCUGGCUUUGGACGUUCACUGCUCUCCAAGAGUUGUGGCGCAGGUUGUAGGCCGAGACGCCCAGUAAACACUGGACUGCUCUUGAUGAAUUCUCAAGACACCGACCUGCUUGUUCUCCCGUGCUCCUUGCCGUCGGCCCUGCAGUUGGAGAAGAGCUUUGUUGCGUGGUGGGGUUUUCCACGCUUGAGCUGCCGCCCCGAGGCUCUGGGGUUGCAGGACCUGGUAGAGUCACUGCGGGCGUUCAGCACACAUGACACAUCCUAGGAAGUUGCCAUAAGUAUUGCCCUUGGUCUCCAGUGCUUCUCUUGUGUUACCUCUUGGAGUGUUUACCCCAGAGCAAAUGGAAGGCUCGUGAUGAUUCACUUUCCUCCAAAUUCUGACUUCUACAAAGGGUCCCAUACUUCAUGAACUCAUAGUAAAGAUUUGUGCAGAUAUAUUCUUAUUUUAAUUUAUGGGUUUUUUUCUUUCCCAUUCUUAUUUAGAGAACAGGAUAAAAUAAUAGCGUUUAGUGAAUGUUGCCUGCAUGUUUUGUGUGUCUACUCCCCUCCCUGCCCUCUGCUGUUGCAGUGUUUACCAAGGUGGACCAUGCCAUGAAGGGCAGGGCCUUCCCCUCUGCUGUUGGCCCUUGCUCUGAGGGAGGCCUUCCCUUGCCUGAAGUCUCCACAGACAAGUCCUGUCACAUACCAAGUAAUUCUUGGUGUCAUCUAGUGCCCUGUGUGACGUGGAUUUAGUUAGGUAUGUAUACUGUGCUUUUGCCAUCAAAGGUUUUAGGUGGUUUCUUUUUUUUUUUUUAAAGUUUAUUUAUUUAUUUAUUUUUAUCUUCUUGAGAAGGUAGAGCAGUAGACCGACAUAUCUUCCAUCUGCUGAUUCAUUCCCCAAUGCUGUGGUUUCCGUGGCUGCGCCAGGCUGAAACCAGAAGGCUGACAUUCCAGCCACGUUUCCCAUUGGAGCACUUGUGCUGUGCUCUGCCUCCCAGGAUGCGUUCUCAGAAACGGAAUCAGAAAUGCGGUAGCUUGUGCUGGUGCUCUCUCUGGUGCCCCGAGUGGCAGCUUCACUUUCUGUGCCAGAAUGGCUGCCCUUGCUUUUUAAAUUUUAAAAGUGUUCAUCUUGAUUGUCCUCUGCUCAUUAUGCCAAAGUUUGUUUUUAUUAGAAUUAUAUUAGUAAGCGCUGGCAGCUCCUCCUUGCAGCAGAAACAGGUUGCUUUUCUUAGCUUGCUGGUGGUACCUUUGUGUUUUUAGGAAGUAACUGUAAACAGGGUACCCUGAAAACAGGGUAGGGUGCUUCUUCCUGCCUUCCUCUAACUUUUGAGGGUAUUUGAGACCAUGCUUAGAAAUUUCUUGACCCCACCACUGCCUUCUCUGAGUUAGCCAUUGGUUAUGGCUUUGUGGACAAGGGGGAAGAAUGUGAAGUGGGCUCAAGACAUAGCAUAGUAAAUCAUUUCUAGACCCAGAGGGUUUACAUUAUUAAAGUCAUCCCAGAAGUGAAACCUCAGCAGUUGACCCAUUCUCACAGACCUGUGUGGUGAUAGAGGAAGCUUUGUGAUCUGGAAGAACUGUGUGACGUAGAGGAAGCUAAAGGGGAAAACGGACUUGGAAAUUACUAAAACUACAGGAGGUUGACUUUGGCUCUUGGUGGCUGAUGUAAAUCCCAAAGUUUGUUUCUUGCCAGACCCCAGGGUGAAUUUCCAAAUUCAAAUUCUUCCUGGAAGUGAUGCCUUGGGAAAGAUUGACCCAGCCCUGCACCUGUGCUGCUUGGCGCUCCUGGCUCCUGUGUUGGGUGCCCCAUGUUCCUUUGACCUCUGCCUUGAUGCUCGGUGCCUCCUCCCUCUCCCCACACACGCCUGGGGCCUGUUGUGCAGGGUGGUGUCUGUUGCCAUAUCAAAGCCAGGAUGUUUCUAUUUGUUUGGAUGGACUAUCAGUAUUUUUGCUAUCUAACUACUCUAUUUUUUUUUUUUUUUUUUGACUUGAUGGGGCCCAGUUCACAGUCUGAGGCUGAUUUGCCAAACGAGCGACACAGUUGUGCUCAAGAUCCUGUGUUAAGGACGGGGUGACUUUUCUAAGACAAGUGAGGGGAACGAGUGUUGUGAGACCAGGUUGGGAGGGGAAAUCAUAUUUUUUGCAAUAUUUUUGUUUGGUUUUUCUUUUGACAUCUCAUUUUAACCUUGAAUUUUUGCUAGCUUUCUCCUGACGUAUAGUUUUUGUUCAUCAUUUUAGGACUUAAUUCUUGCAAAGUUUUUCCAAAGAGGUCAGACCACUUUAAUACUAAACGUGACAUAAAUCUGCAGCCAUCUCACUCAGCUGGUGGGUUUUUUAUAUAACAUCUUUAAGUGCUACCAUUAUAUGUUCUGAGGGGUGAAUGUAAAAUGUACAAAGUAUAGAGUUGUUUCUUUUUUUUAUGAUAAUAAACUUUAAAAGAGAAA